CUGCCGCUGAACCUCCUCACAAUUUCUUCACAAUUACUACAACUCACACACUCAACACUGCUCUUCCAGCAAGUGAUAUAAAAAAAAGUCAAAGUUGACCAGGAGACUUGUGAAGACCUAUUUUCUUUAAAGAUACAAGAUGUUGCAAUGGUGCCUGCUGGUUGCAUUUAUUUUCCAUACCAUAAGGUCACAGGAGAUCGAUGAAACCAUCACCUAUACGCAGUGUACAGAUGGUUAUCAAUGGGAUCCUGAAAGACAGCAGUGCAGAGAUAUUGAUGAAUGUGAGACCAUCCCAGAUGCUUGCAAGGGAGAAAUGAAAUGUAUAAAUCAUUAUGGAGGAUACUUAUGCCUGCCUAAAACAGCUGUUGUUUUCCUGAACAAUGUGACGACGGCUCCUCCUGCUGUUCCUGGUCGUGCUCCUGUUCCCACUCAACAGUCGUAUGUAAUUUUCCCUCACUUCCAGCCACGUCCAUGUCCAUAUGGGUUUGCACCUCAUGAACAAAACCAAUGUAAAGAUAUUGACGAAUGUGCAUUAGGAAGUCAUAAUUGUGGGCCAGAUCUAAUCUGUGUAAACACAAGAGGGUCAUUCAUUUGUCGCUGCAAACCAGGCUAUCAAAAGCGUGGAAAUCAGUGUUUGGACAUUGAUGAAUGUAACAUAGCCACCUAUUGCCAUCAUGGAUGUGUCAACACACCCGGUUCCUAUUACUGUCAGUGCAACACAGGUUUUCAGCUGGCAAGCAAUAAUCGCACAUGUCGAGAUAUUAAUGAGUGUGAGACAAGUGCCCCAUGUGAUCACCAAUGCUUUAAUAUCGUUGGUUCAUUCAUCUGCCAGUGUGACCAAGGAUAUGAGUUAAAUCCUGACAAAGUUACAUGCAGAGAUGUUGAUGAAUGUGCCUACUCGAGCUACAUGUGUCAGUACCAAUGUAUAAAUGAACCGGGACGAUACUCAUGCCUCUGUCCUGAAGGAUACAAACUCCUGGGUUCCAGGAUGUGCCAAGAUAUAAAUGAAUGUGAAACAGAAAAUGCUUGUCUGGAACAAGAGAAAUGUUGGAACUAUCAUGGUGGAUAUAGAUGUUAUCCUCGAAAUCCAUGCCAUGAGCCUUACACUCAGAUGUCUGAAAAUCGCUGUGUCUGCCCAGCAGUAAAUGCAGCUUGUCGUGACCAGCCUUAUUCCUAUGUGUAUAAAUACAUGAAUGUUCGAUCAGACAGAUCUGUCCCCUCUGAUAUCUUCCAAAUUCAAGCAACAAGUGUUUACCCCAAUACAUUCAACACCUUCCAGAUCAUCUCUGGAAAUGAAGGCGAGUUCUAUCUGAGGCAAACAAGCAAUGUGAGUGCAAUGCUGGUCUUAGUGAAGCCUUUAACAGGACCAAAGGAGUACAUCGUGGAUUUGGAGAUGUUAACAGUCAAUGCCGUAAUGAACUACCGGACUUCCUCUGUGUUGCGGUUGACAAUAGUAGUGGGACCUUAUUCAUUUUAGUUAAUAUAACACUGACAAGAAUAGCCAAAGUAAAGCAUUGAUUACCACAGCAAUUAACAUUUUGGUGUGUUUACGUAAUUUGCUUUAUGAUUCAGUUUAACUUUCACAUUUGUAUUUUUUGUCUUUUUGUACAAAGUGCCUUCAAUAUUGUGUGUAGAGAUAACUUACUGAAAUGAAUAUACAUUACAAAUUAAUAUUUAAAGCUACAUAAAGUUCUAUAAUGUCUGCUAUCCAGCCCAAAA